AUGUCCGGUCCCAAGUUCCUGAGCGGCGACUCCUCCGCCAUCAACGAGUUCCUCGACAAGUUUGACACGUUCCUUAUUGACUGCGAUGGCAAGCGCACUGUCUUUGUGACCAACAACUCGACAAAGUCGCGCAAAGAAUAUCACGCCAAGUUGUCCUCCAAGGGCAUCCCGUGCCAGGUCGAGGACAUCUUCGGCUCGUCCUACUCGGCCGCCAUCUAUAUCUCUCGCAUCCUCAAGCUCCAGGCGCCCCGCAACAAGGUGUUCGUCCUGGGCGAGGCCGGCAUUGAGGCCGAGCUGGAGAGCGAGGGCAUUCCCUACAUUGGCGGCACCGACCCGGCCUACCGCAAGCUCGGCAUGGCCCCCGAGGACUUUUCCGGCAUCGCCGACGGCUCCAGCCUCGACCCUGACGUCGGCGUCGUCCUCGCCGGCCUCGACUUCCACGUCAACUACUACAAGCUGGCCCACGCCCACGGCUACCUGCGCGGCAACCACGUCCAGGGCGACGACGUGCAAAAACGGGACGGCAAGGCGGUGUUUCUGGCUACCAACCUCGACAGCACGCUGCCCAUGUACCACAGCGUCUUCCCCGGCGCCGGGUCGGCGUCGAUUGUCGCCCUUUCCAACAUGACCGGCGAGCAGCCGCUGGCGUUGGGCAAGCCCAGCCAAGCCAUGAUGGACGCCGUUGAGGGCAAGUUCCAUCUGGACCGUGCGCGCACUUGCAUGAUCGGCGACCGCCUCAACACGGACAUCCAGUUUGGCAUCGAAGGCCAUUUGGGCGGCACGCUGGCCGUGCUGACGGGUGUGAACAAAAAGGAAGACUGGGAAAAGGCCGACGCCGUGGCUGUGCCGGCGUACUAUGUCAACGUCCUCAGCGAUCUACGCGGACCGGCUAGCACCUGA